AUGACGCUUCGAUACCAUUCGUCUGCAGAAUCGAUUAGUAGGAGUAGUAUUCUCUGCAGUUUUGGUUAAUUGUACAGAAGAAUAAAGCAUCAACAACGAAAUAACCGAAGAUGGCUCAUCCUAUGACAGUAGCACGAUGUCCUUCAGAUAAGCUGUCUUUAACCAACUGUGCUGUUGUGAACGGGCAAGAUUUUACUGACAAAGUCAGACAUAUUGAAAUUAUAACAGCAGCUAACCACAAGUAUGUUUGUACAAUAAUAAAAAGUGAAGGUAUUUCUUCUGGCAACAUAGGAUUCAGUCUGCCUCUGAGAAAGUGGGCAGAACUGUCUAUUGGUCAGAAAAUAGAUGUUCGACCAUAUAUAUUUGAUCCCAAUAACCAGUAUGUUGCAAAGAUUGUACUUGAAGUGGACUUCCUUGAAAAGAAGAACACUACAACUGAAUCAUAUGAUACUGAUCAGAUGGCUGUAGACUUUGUUCAGCAAUUUCCAAAACAAGCAUUUACUGUUGGCCAAUUGCUGGCCUACAAAUUUCAAGAAAAGAAGCUGUUAAAAUUAGUAGUGAAAGAAAUGGAAGUUUUGAAUAUUGACCAGCUAAAGGGGCAAGUCACAGGCGGAAAACCACGUAUGACCCGACUUGGAUUGGUUUUACCAGACACCUCUGUUGUAUUUGAGAAGGGAGAAGGUUCAGCAGUUGUUCUCGCUGGCCACUGUAAAAGUAAAAUAGUGCGGCAAUCUAUCAUCAAUCCUGACUGGGAUUUCCAGAAAAUGGGUAUUGGAGGAUUAGAUAGAGAAUUUAAUGCCAUAUUCCGAAGAGCUUUUGCAUCUCGAGUUUUUCCACCAGAGGUUGUGGAGCAGUUGGGUUUGAAGCACGUGCGAGGAAUUUUACUAUUUGGGCCACCUGGUACGGGUAAGACACUAAUGGCUCGGCAAAUUGGUCAAAUGUUAAAUGCUCGAGAGCCGAAGAUAGUGAAUGGUCCCCAGAUCUUGGACAAAUAUGUUGGAGAAUCAGAAGCAAACAUCAGAAGGCUUUUUGCAGAAGCUGAAGAAGAAGAAAAGAAACUUGGCCCUAACAGUGGAUUGCAUAUUAUCAUCUUUGAUGAAAUUGAUGCCAUUUGUAAAACUAGAGGCUCUGUAGCAGGAAACACAGGGGUUCAUGAUACUGUGGUAAACCAAUUGCUGGCUAAAAUUGAUGGAGUUGAAUCACUGAACAAUAUUCUUGUUAUUGGUAUGACAAAUCGACGAGACAUGAUUGAUGAAGCUCUUCUUCGACCUGGAAGGUUGGAGGUUCAAAUGGAAAUAAGUCUGCCAGAUGAACAUGGAAGAGUUCAGAUUCUUAAUAUUCACACCACACAGAUGAAGACACAUGGAAAAUUAGCUGAGAAUGUAGAUAUCAAUGAAUUAGCUACCCUCACUAAGAAUUUUUCUGGAGCUGAGAUAGAAGGCUUGGUACGUGCAGCCCAGUCAACUGCAAUGAACAGACUCAUUAAGGCUGCCAGUAAAGUCCAGGUUGACCCAGAAGCUAUGGAGAAGUUGAUGGUAACAAAAGAAGAUUUCAUGCAUGCUUUGGAGAAUGACAUUAAACCUGCAUUUGGUACAAGUGCUGAACAAAUUGAACAUCUUGUAACACAAGGUAUUGUCCAGUGGAGCACAGAUAUUACAUCAGUUCUAGAGGAUGGAGAACUCUUUAUCCAGCAGGCAAGGUCACUCGAUUCUCGUGGUGUUGUGAGUGUGUUAAUUGAAGGUCCACCCAACAGUGGUAAGACAGCUUUAGGAGCUAAGUUAGCUCUGAAGUCAGAUUUCCCUUUCGUCAAGCUUUGCACACCAGAAGACAUGGUUGGCUACACAGAAACAGCCAAAUGUCAAGCUAUCAAGAAGGUUUUCGAUGACGCUUACAAAUCGCAACAAAGCUGUAUUUUGGUAGAUAACAUUGAGAGAUUGCUUGACUAUGGUCCAAUUGGUCCUCGUUAUUCUAAUCUAGUCCUUCAAGCUCUUCUUGUAUUGUUGAAGAAAGACCCACCAAAGGGAAGAAAAUUGUUAAUCUUCUGCACGACUAGCCGGAAAUCAGUCUUAGAAGAAAUGGAGAUGUUAACAGCAUUCACAGCGGUGCUUCGGGUACCCAACUUGAGCUUGCCUGAGCAACUGAUGACAGUGCUAGAGGAAACUGACUGUUUCAGCAAAGAAGAACUUUCCAAGAUUGCCAAAAGAAUUGACGGAAAAGGGAUCUGGAUAGGAAUCAAAAAGUUGUUAGCUUACAUCGACAUGGCUCGUCAGACUGACAAAGAAUAUCGUGUCAUCAAGUUUAUAACAAAACUGGAAGAAGAAGGAGCUAUACUUCUUUAAUAAAUAAAUUCCAUCACAAAUGAGGACUUUUAAUUCUCACAUUCCAUUGUUAACACUUCUGUUAGGCUAUAAUAUUACUUGUGAAUUGAUUUCUUAUUCUCUAAUUAGCUUAUAAAACCAUGCCUACUUACAUGUAUUUAAAUUUUUCCUAUUAGCUUGAAAAUGUUUAUAAACUUGAUUUUCUUUGAUAUAAACAGAUUUGUCUAGCAAUGUAGUCAUACUAUUGGAUAGUGAGUAGGAAUAAAACAUUCUUAAAGUUAUGAUUUUUUUUUCAGUAAGAAAAUAGUUUUAAAUCCUUAACUGGUACAUUUACAGGAGCCUUCAAUCCAUCUGAGAAGUUUCUAUUGAAAAUAAAAGUUUCAAUAAUACUAGAUUUUCUCUAAUGCUGUAAUACAAUCAUACAUAAGUUAAAGAACAGAAAUGAUUUGACAUUUUAGUGAUUUUCUAUUCUUAUCCUUAAAAUACUUAUGUCUAACUAGAACAGUAAGUACAACUUGUGCAUAUGUUUUGAGAAUUAUAACCAAAAGUUGUACUUCUUAGAAAAAGUUGUUUGAGUCCCAACAUUGUCAUUAGGUGUCUCCUCUACAAGUUUUUUUCAAGUACUUAUACAAGUUGUAUAGAAAAUACUUCUGUUUUAAUAAGAUUUAACCCUAAUGGUAAAAUAUCUAUUUGAUACUGCAUUUGUAAAGAUUCUUUCAAGUGUCCUUUUUUUAUCGUGUAAAAUAAGUAUGCAUUUGUUGAUAUUUAUUACAAUUUUCACUAUGAUUGCAAUAAAAAGCUUGUUGGUUAAUCGAAAAGCUAAAAAGAUGUUGUGACCAUUAUACUAUAGUUCCUACAUAGUAUAAAUGUAAGCAAGCAUCAGGUGAAUAACAUUAUAUAUGAUAUUUUUUCCUGUAAAGUAAAUUCUUUUUUCACAAACUUUGAUACCCAUCUUCUUUUUUUAGGCAUGUAAGAUAUUAGGUUUAAUGAGGGGUUGAUUAUUAACAUAGGAUGUAAAAAAAAUCCUGUAAAAUUACUAUUUUCUUUUAAUGUAGCCAAUACAUAAUACUGUAGGUAACUUGGGAAAUACUGUGUCAAAUAUGUUUUAUUUAUGUAGAGAAAAGGAUUGCUAAGGAUUCCUGUGUAACGCUUGAAAUGUUCCAUGAAAUAUAUAUGUGUGUAUAUCACUGUUUUUUGGUAUUAAUGUUUGACGCACAUGCAGAAACAAGAGACAUUAUGGAGCUCAUCAGGUAUAAAAAUCUUGUUGUCCCUUUAGGGCAUGCUAGUUAUCGCAUGAUUCUUGUCCCUUUAGGGCAUGUAGUUAUCACAUGGUUGUUGUCCCUUUAGGGAAUGCUAGUUAUCACAUUUUUGUUGUCUAUUUAGGGAAUGCUAGUUAUCACAUGACUGUUGUCCCUUUAGGGCAUGUAGUUAUCACAUGAUUGUUGUCCCUUUAGGGCAUGCUAGUUAUUGCAUGAUUUUUCAAUUACAUUGUUGUAAUUCUUUUUGUAUAGUCAUCUAAUUUUACUUCUUGCUUUCCUGUUACAACCUAUACACAUACCUAUAACUUAUAAAUAGCAUUCAUGUUAUUAAAUUAGGUGAUGUAAUCAUAAGUAUUAUUUAAUAUAGAAUAGUCUGAUCAUUGCAGUGUGUUUGAACUUACUACUAAUGUCAGAACACACUUAUACAGGCACUUUUUAUUGUAGUAAGAUACAUUCUUAUAUAAGUCAACAUAGUUUUUACAACAAAGCAGAAUUUUUUCUUGCUUGUUAGCUAUCAAAGUCAAAAGAUGAUAGAGGGAUAAUUCUGACUUAUCUAAAAAACUGAUUAUAAAUAUUCUAUGUUCAUGUGCUUAUUGUGUCGUGUAAUUCAUAAGUGUUUGUGAUUUGUAUUUCUUCAUAAAUUAUCCAGAAAAUGUGUAAUAAUGUACAACAUAAACCUAUGUUAUUUAUUAUAAUAUUUUCUGUUUACUUCCAGUCUUAUUUGAUGUGUUGUAAUUCUAGAGUUUAGAGAUAACUCUUUUUUUUUUCUUUUUUGAAAUUCUUUUUAUCACACUUCAGUAUGAAAUACAGGGAACAAUAACAUGAAUAUGUUGUAAUGUAAACAUUCCAUUAUAAUAACAUCUAGGCUAAAAAAGGUUACCAUAUAGUGAAAGAAAGUCAUUUGCUGUUCUUCUUUUUCAUUACCUCUUGCAAUAUGUGGUUUUUUUCCUGUUGAUUUGAUGAAAUGUUUUUCUUUAAAACAUUAUCAAGUUAAUAUGUUACGUAGCAAGUGCAUGUUGUGGUAUGUAAAAUAAUGUUAUGUAAGUACAGAACAGGUUAUAAACAUGCUGUUGGAUUUUCAAGAUGUGCAGAAGUGUACAGUAGCUUUUAAACACUAAAAAUUACAUUCCGGUGUAUGAUUUUAGUUGGACAAGUUAUUUUAGGAAAUUGAUAAACACCUGUCAUUCCUUUUGUUUUCAGCAAUAUUUACUUAAACAAUAAACUGUCAUAAUUUAAGAAUUGGUGGGUAAUAUUACAUGACCAUAAGGUUUAAAAAAAAGUGUUUGUAGAAAAUAGAAAUUUGAAAAUCCUAAGUAAAUCUUUAUCAUUAAAAGUAAAUAGCAAGUAGUUAAGGGAAGAUGCUAAGAUAUCAUUUAUGAAGUUCAUAAAUAUAAUGUGAUAGCCAACAUUUAGUGUCAAGUAAAAACAUCUGUUCAUAAUAGUUUAUAUGAAAAGGCUAAAGAUGUUGUUAAAUCCUUUGAUAUUUAUAUUUGUACUGUGAUUUUCUGACUGACAAUUUAUUAAUGUAAUUAACUAGCUGUAUCAACAUAUUUAUUGGUGUUGUCAAUGUGCAAGUUCUACUGUUUGGUGUGACCUUGCUGUGUAUAUUUACAGAAUUUAGAAUUAAAUAUAAAUUCAUGACUGAUUGA